AUGCCUCGGAAGACAACGGCGGAGUCGGCAAAUGUCACGAGCAGAGAGUGCGACAAUCGGAAGGACGAGAAGAACCAUCCGCCGUCCGGAGGGUUCCUCUCCAACGACGGCGUCCUCUGGACCAACACCAACCCGGAUGUGAAGCUCAUUGAGCCGCAGAUCCUCGUCUCUCUCGACUUUAACUACUUGGCGUUCUAUAGAAAAGUAUGAUAUAAUUAGUUAAAAGCAUGCAUCAACUUGAAAUUCUUUAGGCCGAGCGUCCAGCGGAGCGUCGUACGAUCUCUCUGACGAACCAUGGGGACCAUCCGAUCGCAUUUCAAGUCCAGACCUCUGACAAUUAUAACUAUUUCGUGGAUCGCAAGUCCGGCGUGAUUCCGCCUAGACAGACAAUAUUCAGUCCGGCGGUUCGCAUGGCGAGCAUUACCUUUAUCAACGUGUUCCGACGGCCGUACAAGGAGUGUGAGGGCAGUGAGAGCAAUGUGUACGUAUGGAGUGGAAGAGAAAAAGCUAGGUCAUAAGUUCAGAAUGCUCAAAGACAAGAUGUUCAUCCUGCUGGCUCCUCAAUUCUGUCAAACGUUCAACCCGGACGCCAUCUUCCACAAUGAAAGGUGCUACGAGAAACUGAGAGUUCAGCUCCGGUACUUUGGAAUCGAACCCAAUCCGGACAUGUUGCAGCGACGUGAGGAAGCAAUGGUACCUGGGAUUACUGUACCGGAUUGCAGAGAAACAAGUUCUUCUGAAUGGAGUGCCCGGCUCGAGGACUUGGAAGGAAGGAAAGUACGAGAAAGAGCAGAACGCGGAGCAGAUUGCGAUGAUCAAGCAGAUGGAGCGGACGAUGAUCGAGAAGGCGUCGCGGGAAGUGAUCAUCGAUCCGCCGAAGCUGGCGGCCACGCACAAGCUCACACUCUCGCCGCCGGCUCGUCCGAGAACUCUUUCGGCCGAGACGAAGAAGAAGGACGGGGGUGGGUUGAUGCAGAUUUUCCGGAAUCUGAAUCCAUUCGGGAAGGAUGAACUUCACAUCCCGUUCAAAUUGCCGAGAAAGUCUUCGGAGCAGGUGGGAGAGCAUUUUUUUGAAACUUGAAAAAGGACGUUUUCAGCCGAAGAAGUCACUCGAGAAUCAGGUUCGUCGCAGCACGGAAAACGUAGGAAAAUCGAUCAGCAAUCAUGCUCCAAUGAUAUUUUUAUUUUCAGCCGCUGAAAAGAUCUGUCGAGCGGACGCAAUCCACUUCGGUCGAUAUUGUAAGUUCGUAUUCUUCCUACUCCAUUUUCAUUCCACUUUUUCAGAUCAGGAUGUCUCAGGAGUCUCCGAUGCCAACACGUAUCACUUCCACAGAACAAGUUACUUCUUGCUUUUUCAAAACUGUCUAACUUUUCACUUUCAGGACAAGAGACCGAAUGGCGAGUUUCCGUCGCCAAGAGAGCUCAAAAAGACGAAUCCGACGGUCAGUUGUAGGCAUUUGGACAAGAAAAAUUCAAAUUGUUGCAGAAGACUUCGGAUCCGUCGUCGCCUGUCAAUCAGAAGAAGAAAUCGGCGGAGCAGACGAAGACAGUUUCCGAGUUGCCGGCAAUCGAAACGUCUCCGAAGGCUCCGACUCCGACGAAAAAAUGA